CCCCGCCAAACCCAAUCCGCUAGAGGGGUACCGUCACAGCGCACUAUGGCCCUGCGUCUUGUCGAGUACUCGAGUAUCGCAUCGUCGCAUGCAACCCGAACUACCUACAUCCCCAAAAUUUCCUGUGACUCAGUACAAUCCACGCCCAAAUCCACGUCCGACGCUCGACGGAAAUCUCGCCUCUCGCCUCUGAUUCUUCGGAAAAAGGACAAUUUACCAAACAAGGCUCGAGGCUCCGCUUCAUCAUGCCUACCAUUUCCGUCGACAAGUACAAGCUUUACGAAGCCCUCGGUCAAAAAUUCACGACCGAGGAGUUUGAGGACCUUUGCUUCGAGUUCGGUAUCGAGCUUGACGAGGAUACUGAGAAUGAUGAGCGUCCAAUUGUAAACGGCGAACAGGAGCCUCCUCAGCUCAAGAUUGAGAUUCCCGCCAACCGAUAUGAUAUGCUCUGCUUCGAGGGUAUUGUCACCAAUCUCAAUAUCUUCCGUGGACGCAUUGAGCCUCCCAAGUACCGUAUAGUCGAGCCCGCAAGCGGCAAGCUUGAGUCAAUCACCGUCAAGCCCGAAGCCGAGCAGGUCCGGCCAUAUGUCUCUGGCGCUAUCCUCCGCAAUAUCAAGUUCGACAAGAGCCGAUACGAGUCCUUCAUCUCUCUACAAGACAAGCUUCACCAGAAUCUUGCUCGAAACCGAACACUAGUCUCCAUUGGUACCCACGACUAUGAUACUAUCAAAGGUCCCUUCACCUACGAGGCCCUCCCCCCCAAGGAUAUAAAGUUCAUCCCCUUGAACCAGACCAAGGAGAUGGACUCUGCCGAGUUGAUGAACUUCUAUGAGAAUGACAAGCACCUGGGCCGCUUCCUCCACAUCAUUCGCGACUCACCAGUCUACCCUGCGAUCUACGACUCCAACCGUGUUGUCUGUUCCCUUCCUCCAAUUAUCAACGGUGAUCACUCCAAGAUUACACUUGACACCACCAACGUUUUUAUUGAGAUCACUGCCACCGACAUCACCAAACUCGACAUCGUCACCGACAUCAUGGUUACCAUGUUCUCCAUGUACUGCUCUGAGCCCUUCACUGUCGAGCCCGUCCAGAUCAAUUCCGACCAUAACAACCAAACCCGAGUCACUCCUAACCUGAAGCCCAGAGUUGCUGAGGUUGAAAUCGACUACCUCAACAGCUGCACUGGGCUCACUGAGUCUCCCGAGAGCCUGUGCAAGCUUCUCUCCAAGAUGUCUUACACCUCUACACCUUCAACAAAAGAUUCCAACAUCCUCGAGGUUGCUAUUCCCCCAACCCGAGCUGAUGUCCUUCAUCAAUGUGACGUGAUGGAAGAUCUUGCUGUGUGCUACGGAUACAACAACCUUCCUCGUACUGCUCCUUCACGAAGUGCUACUGUUGGUGCCCCCCUGCUGGUCAACAAGCUCAGUGAUAUUAUCCGAAUCGAGGCCGCCGUUGCUGGCUGGAGUGAGGUUAUGCCCCUGAUCUUGUGUAGUCACGAUGAGAACUUCGCUUGGCUAAACCGCAAGGAUGACGGAAAUACCGUCGUACGUCUGGCCAACCCCAAGACCGCCGAGUAUCAGGUUGUGCGAUCAACUCUUCUACCUGGCCUUCUCAAGACCAUUCGCGAGAACAAGGGCCACAGCGUGCCCAUGAAGAUCUUCGAGGUCUCUGACGUUGUCUUCAAGGAUGAGUCUCAAGAACGCAAGGCUCGUAACGAGCGACAUUUCGCCGCCGCCUGGUACGGCCGAACAAGCGGUUUCGAGGUGGUCCAUGGCCUGCUUGAUCGUGUUCUUCUCAUGCUUCGAACUGCUUUCCUCACCCACGAGGAGGGUCUUUCUGGCAAGAGUGUCGAUUUUGAAGUAAAGGAGAACCCCAGCAAGCCUGAUGGUUACUGGAUUGAGGAGCUUGACGAUGCCACCUUCUUCGCUGGCCAUGCUGCUUCCGUAUAUCUCCGUCUUGGUGGAAAAGAGAGACGCAUUGGCGAAUUCGGCAUCUUGCACCCUACCGUGUUGGAGAAGUUUGAUUUGAAAUACCCUGUCAGCACUCUCGAGAUCAAUCUAGAGGUCUUCCUGUAAUGUCAAAGAGUCUAAAGAAAACCUACAACACGAGGGUUAGAGCAGCAAAAAAGGGCUACGGACGCAACGAAAUCAAGUGGAUAUGAUUCAAUGUGAACAAACACGUUUCCAUAACUAGGAUGACUUUACAAGAUAGACAAAAAUAAAGAAGAAACCAAGCAAGGCCGAACGUUGAACUUAUGAGUUAACCGAAGGUUUUGAUUUACUACACUCUAUAACUACCUACCUAAUUCACGUAGUCUUGAAGGAGUCUAUUGCUGUCUAAGCCCUCGCCGUGUACCGCGUGAUUGGCGCAAAAUCAGAAUGUCAUCACCACUCAAGUUAAACGCCAGAGCCGGCUCAUGAUACUGCCUCUAGCGCCAACAAAAACGUCCGCAUGUGUAAAUCAGGAAACCAAGUGUGAGAACUCAGACAUCAUGAAUCCGAAUGCUAUGCUUACAUCUCGGAAUUUGCCAUCGCACGCCUCUGCCUAUCAGAUUUGAAGAGGACUCUCUCAAGCUUUGCCACAGGUUUUGGCGUUUCAAUGGUUGGAGAGUGACACGGCGUCGGCAGGCCCGCAUCGGGCUGGAGACUAUCAAUGGAGUUAAGUCUUGAGUGAAGGCCCAAAGACUCAGAGUCGCGCCGCUUGAUAUACUCCCACUCUCCACUGAGAUCGCUGGGUACACUGUAGAAGCUGCAGCGCUCAAGCGUUGACGGUGCGUCAGACUCUGUUGUCAGAAGCGGCGGUGCUACGGGCGGGUGUAGCCAGGGACAACAGUGUCGCACGGAUUCAUGGGUCUCGACAAUCAAGUAAGGGCCAGGAUCCGACUCUGGAAACAUGACCUUCUAUAUCAUCUCACGUAGCUCCUGGUCGCUACGAGCUGGUGCGGGAGCCGAACUUGACGACGACGCUGACUCGCCAGUAUUUGUAAAUUGCCCCAGCAUUCCCUUGCCUAGAUUGAGACCUGCAAUCCCAUCCCUGAUAGCGGCAAAGGCGUUACCGCUUGGUUCUGUAGAUGCGCUCCGUUCGAUUGGCGUAUGUCGCGAUUCAGGGGUGAGUGUCUCGUGGGCAGUCUCAACUCCUGUGAGAACCGAGGGUGGCCCCGACUUGGAGCUUGAAGUGGAUGACCGAGGGUCGGCAUCUGCUUGGAUAACGCUGGGAUACUGUAAAUUUGAUAUGGCGGUUUGGCGGUCAGUCUCUGCUGCUGCGGCGGCGUUCAAACCGCCGUUCAUCUCAUCCUCAGUUCUUCCGAACAACUGAUGCCACCAUCUUAUCUCCUUCAGUCGCGGUAACAGGAUCCGCUCCUGUCCUUUGACGUGAUCGUCGAUACUGGCAUCGAAGUCGGGGUUUGUGAACUCAGCUCGCCGACACAGAAAGUAGUCCCAAACGGAAGAUGUCCGUUCUGCAGCUCGCGCAUCUUUUCUCUGCUUCUCUGAAUUAAAGAGGAAAGUGCCGUACUGGCACGAGUACAGGUGGUAUAGAAGGCGGCGCAGGAAGCGCUCGUUAUACUCAAAACGAGUCUUGUUUUGGCGUAAAAGUUGAUAGGUGCAGUCAAGGAACUGGUGGAAGACAGGACUGACCAUCUUUGGAGAGGUAGCUUCAUCAUCAACAACCUUUCCAGGAGCUGUUUCACUAACUGCAGCCAAGUCGGGGUCAUCUUUAUUCUGGUUGAAGAAACGCUUCGCUCCACUCAGCACAUUCUGGAACGCGUCACCCCGGCCAUCGUUCUCUCCGGGCUGUACCUUGGAACCUGCAAAAGCAUCUUUCUGCACGGUGAACCAAUCCUCGUGGUUCAAGUGGCCCGAUCGAAGCCUGAACAUGUGACCAAAAGACAACCAAUCUUUUUCCACAAGAACAAUGAAACCCUCAAUUGUGCGGUAGUAGGGGUCCAACAUGAUUUGAGCCAAAGCACUGAGCUGGCUUGUACGGUCCCAGCCGUCGGAGCAGUGAAUGAGAACAUGUGAAUGGUUGAUUCCGAUCUGUCUUGCAAUUAUAGCUGAGCCAUCCAGAACAUCAUGAAUGUGCCGUAACCAGCCACUUUGAUGGAGUAGCUCUCUGUUUGGCGGUAAAGGUGAAAUGUCGGCGUCUUUGAGUGCGUCAAUGACCUUGUUGAGGGAGCUUCGCAUGACGUGAAUAUUCUCAAUACUAAGGAAUAUCUUGCGUGCAAACUUGUACUUGUCCAUAUUUUCCGAGCCCAUUCCUUGUACUUGAUUCACCAUUGCAUUGAUAGUAGGACGAGCAUCCACAAUCAAGUUGCUCUGCUGUGCACCAUAUACUUGACGCUUCCCAGAAGAAUCAUAAACGGCAACGGAUCUCGAAAUGAGCUCAUCUUCAUAUCGUUCCGUCUCCGAAAGCUCCGUCUCCAGUGACGAGUUUCCAAGGGACACAUCGGGCUGACUCGAUAGAGGCGUGCUUUCCUCAGAGCCUGGCGGCAAUAGGGCGUUGAACGAUGCCGCUACUAGUUUCUCGUCUUGCACGUUUGUCUUCCUUGUGAUGCCAGAGAGGGGCUGAGAGCUUCGAGUGAUGGUACAGUUGUUUACUGGAUGAAUGUAUGACAGAGCCGGCACACGGUUUCUCGAGCGGAACUCCUUCGCAUACUUAAGGACGUUAUCCGAGAUCUUGGAGGGAACAACCAGAAAAGCAGGAUAUGUAUCGCAAAAGGUAUAGUCCUUGUUGAUAUGCGUGAUCCUCCAACCUUUAUCAGGCAACUUCUCGCUGAUACCCUGGCGUCUGAAC